AUGGCUUCGUGCUGGUGGCGGUGGCGGCGCUGCUGCUCAUGGAGGUCAGCUGCGCGGAGCCCUGGGCCCGGCUCCCCAGGCCAUGCGAGAAUAUACUUGUUGGCUCCCAGGUCAGCCUGGCUGACCUCAAUAGCCACUGUCUAAGUUGCCCGCUUACAAAUGCCCUAUUUUAAUCUCGUGAAGAGUUUAACAUCUACCUUUCCAAAUGUGUAUAGGAUAUCACGGUUUCAUCAUACCACACCCACAGUGUGCUGUUGCAGUAAAACACAGAGUGGUGAAAAGUACGCCGAUCCUUUUAAACUCGGUUGGAGAGACUUGAAAGGCCUGUAUGAGGACAUUCGAAAGGAACUACUCAUAUCUACAACUGAACUUAAGGAAAUGUCUGAGUACUACUUUGAUGGAAAAGGGAAAGCCUUUCGACCAAUUAUUGUGGUGCUAAUGGCCCGAGCAUGCAAUUCUCAUCACAAUAACUCUCGAGAUGUGCAAGCAAGCCAGCGCUCCAUAGCCUUAAUUGCAGAAAUGAUCCACACUGCUAGUCUGGUUCAUGAUGAUGUUAUUGACGAUGCAAGCUCUCGAAGAGGAAAGCACACAGUUAAUAAGAUCUGGGGGGAAAAAAAGGCUGUUCUUGCUGGAGAUUUAAUUCUUUCUGCAGCUUCUAUGGCUUUGGCACGUAUUGGAAAUACAACAGUUAUAUCUAUUUUAACUCAAGUUAUUGAAGAUUUGGUGCGUGGUGAGUUUCUUCAGUUAGGGUCCAAAGAAAAUGAGAACGAACGAUUUGCGCACUACCUUGAGAAGACCUUCAAGAAGACUGCGAGUCUGAUAGCCCACAGUUGUAAAGCAGUCUCUGUCUUAGGAUGUCCUGACCCAGUGGUGCAUGAGAUUGCCUAUCAAUAUGGAAAAAAUGUGGGAAUAGCUUUUCAGCUAAUAGAUGAUGUGUUGGACUUCACCUCAUGUUCUCACCAGAUGGGCAAACCAACAUCAGCGGAUCUGAAGCUUGGGUUAGCCACUGGCCCUGUACUAUUUGCUUGUCAGCAGUUCCCAGAAAUGAAUGCCAUGAUCAUGAGAAGGUUCAGUUUGCCAGGAGAUGUGGACAGAGCUCGACAAUAUGUGUUAAAGAGUGAUGGUGUGCAACAAACAACCUACCUCGCCCAGCGGUACUGCCAUGAAGCAAUAAGAGAGAUCAGUAAACUGCGACCAUCUCCAGAAAGAGACGCCCUCAUUCAACUUUCGGAAACUGUACUCACAAGAGAUAAAUGACAACUCUUUCUGUUCUUUCUGGCAGCUAUUUUACCAGACUGUGCCUAAAGAAUUUUUGUCAAAUACAUUUCAUUUGCUUCAUGUGCAGAUAACCAAAAACUCAUUUCAACCUUAACUGAUGGGCAAUUUUUUUUUUUUUAAUUAGCAAAGAUUUUCAGAAAACUUUUUAAAGAAAAUUAUAUUGAAGAAAGUUGUAACUAGGUAAUUAAGCCAUCUCAAUCUGCCAUUCUAGUCCUGUAAAUUCUAAUUGAGGUAUCUUGAUGGUUAUGUGUGGUAUUGUUUACACUGUUAAUAUCCACACGUAAAGCCAUUACACAAAUAAAUAAUGUUAAAAUUCAAA